UAAAAGCACCGUUAGUGGAUCGAGAGGAUCCGAAAAGACAUGCAUAAGGUAACGUCGACUGUUUUCCAUUCGGUUGGCAGCAUCAGGAAUGUAGUUACCGGCGGCCACAAUGAGAGGGUUCUUGUUCACAAUGUUCACAAUGUUGUGCCGCUUUUUCGAAAUGGCGCACUGAUGCCGAUUGUAAAUAUUUCCUGAUGGACUCUAGGCGCAUGUGGUCGUGGAGGUCCACGUUUCUCACGUACUGGAACCUAGGCUUCAGUUGAAAGUUUAUAUAAAUAUUGUCGCAUUUUUUCAAGCUGAACCGCAUUACUUCUUGCCGGCAGAAACGAACCGGGUUGCGAAUCCGGGCGAGCUCACUAAACGACCCAUCCACAGAAAUUAUGUAUAUUACAUUUUUUCUGGAUUUGAUGUUUGUUACAUGCGAAUAUCGAUAAACAACGAAAAAAACUUGAUUUGCUGAAUCGAAUAGUAAAUGUCAAUGCUUUUGCCUACAAGUCAUAUCAAAGUGUCUCUAAGUCAUUGUGUUUGUCAAUCGCCAUAGAUACACUUAUGUCAAUCGCUGUAGGGGCGCACUGCUCUCCUAUUAGAAAAGUGGUCGAAAAUAAAAAAGUAAUUGGUAUAUAAUUUUAUACUUAGUCGUUCGAAUUUAUCUCCUUGCUACAUAACGAUCAAUAAUUAUAACUCUUUUAAAAUGUUGAUUAAAGUCAAGACGCUUACUGGUAAAGAAAUUGAAAUAGAUAUAGAACCCACCGACAAAGUGGAAAGAAUCAAAGAAAGAGUAGAAGAAAAGGAAGGCAUUCCGCCGCAGCAACAGCGUCUCAUAUUUUCAGGAAAACAAAUGAAUGAUGAGAAGACAGCUCAAGAUUACAAAGUUCAGGGAGGUUCAGUACUUCAUCUUGUUUUGGCUUUAAGGGGAGGCGAAUGAUCUGGCUUGUGAUAAUUUUCCUUUGUAUUUAUAAAAUUAAGUUUUAUUUUUCAUUACAUAUAAAAUAAUAUGUAAAAAAUUCUUUCAUUCAUUUUAUGAAGUGUCCCUAAGUACCUUAUGACCUUAGGUACAUACUUGUUACCUCAAUAUAAUGGUUAAACAAUAGUGAAAUUAUUAUGUAGAUAUUCAUAAUUUUUGCAUAUUUUGUAAAACCAAACUAUAAAUUAACUAGUAGAGUUUGUGAGAUUUUAAAUCAGUCUAUAAAUUAUUGUAAUUUUAAUUUGUAGACUGAUUUAAAAUGCUUUGAGAUUUUAUGUUGAUGUUAAAAUUGAUCCACAUUUGUUGCUGAGUUGAUUACAACAAUCAAUUUUUUAUUUAUUUCUUAGAAAUUUUGACAAUCUCACAGGCUACCUGGUGUUAAAUGAUUACCGGAGCCUACAGAUAUUUACAAUGUAAUGCUACCACCACCUAACUUGAGAUAUGAGUUCUAAGAUCUCAGUUUUUACAGUACAACAGUUGUCCCAUCCUUUGAACCGAAAUGCAUUACUGAUUCACAGCAGAAAUAGGCAGGGUGGUGGUAACUACCCAAGUGGACUCGCAAGAUGUUCUACUGCCUGUAUUGCUGUCAUAUUUUGUACAUGGGAAAUAAUUUACUAUUGUAUUAUACUAUAUUAUAUAUUUAUUACAAAUUAAUCAUAAGAAAAAAAAGAGAAGUGGUGUCAUCGGACACCAGGUAGAAACAAAGUUCCUUCAGAUAAUAUAGUAGCAAAAAUAUUUGGAAAAAAAAAGCUUCACUUUAUAACAGGGGUUAAAGUAUGAAAUUGCCGUUUUAUUGUAAUAGGUAGCUAAUUCUAAUUGUCAUAGAACCUUCAUGGUUUGAGAUUUUUGAGUAAAACUUUUUUCAAAUGGUACCUAUGAGGUUCUUCUUUUAAAAAGUGUGCAACAUUCGAUUAUCUGCUUUCAGUUCUAUUUUUUAUUCCGCUUAGACAAAAAAGAUGGAUACUUCGAAAAUUCGAGUGAUUUUUGAAUACGAGUUCCGACGCGGAACUAAUGCUGCAGAAACAGCUUACAAUGUCAAUUGCGUUUGGUAGGGACUGCUAUGAACGCACCGUGCGAUUUUAGUUUAAACGCUUUUGGGAUGGAAAUUUUAUUUGAAGAACGAACCACGUGGAAGACAGCCCUAACAUGUGAAUAACAAUGAAUUGAAAGAGAUAGUGGAAGCCGAUCCGAGCCAAACUACCAAGGAAUCAGCGGCAAGGUUUAACGUUACCUUACCAACAAUAUUGACUCAUUUGCGUCAAAUCAAUAACAAAAAAUAUGAAAAAAUGGGUACCUCAUGAUUUGACUGAUCUGCAGAAAGAAACGCGUGUUGAAACUUGUGUUGCCUUGUAGAAUCGAUACUGAAAUGAAGGAAUAUUGGAUCGAAUUGUAAAAUGUGACAAAAAGUGGAUUCUUUACGAUAACCGUGAGCGAAAAAUGCAAUGGCUGACCCCAGGCCAAACGCCGUAACAGUGUCCUAAAGCAAAGCUUACCAAUAAAAAGGUAAGGGUAACUGUUUGGUGGUCUCAGCACUAUAGCUUUCUCCGAUCUGGUCAACCAUUAACGGCUGAUGUCUACUGUGCCGAACUCUGAACAAUGAUAGCAAAACUUACAGUGAAACAGCCCCGACUGAUGAAUCCAUUAUUGCUUCAUGAUAACCGUUUUAACUCUACAGGAACUGCAAUUAUUUGUCGUAACCAUUCGUCACCCUCCGUAUUCGCUAGGCCCUAGGCCUUGCUCCAACGGACUACCAUUUUUUUCGUGAUUUGGACAAUUUCCUACGUGAUAAAAAGUUUUCUUCCCAGGAUUCGGUACAAAAUGCUUUCACACAGAUUGUAGAAUCUGGAUCAUCAGAGUUCUAUCGCAAAGCCAUAAACGACCUUCUUAUUAUAUGGCAGUAAUUUAUAGAUAAUAUUUUUGUCAGUAGGAAAUCGCCGGACUUCCGCCAUCCACUGGUGAUGGUGGGCGGAGCAUGUCGGAGUCGAACCGACUAAAACCUCCUGUCGCUCAACAACCAGUAUCCAAACCUCGCAUGCGACAGAACUCAUGAAAAGGCAAAGGGUGGAAAGUGAAGUGUUUAGUGCGGAGCACAUCUCUCCCAUCACCCUCCACCUCGGGACGCCGGACCGGCGGUCGUCGGCGCCACGACCACAAGUCCUCUCGGUCGGCAGGCUAUCAGAAGCCCGUCUAGAUGGCGCCGGUUAGAGUGAUUUAUGUUACGGAAUACCCCGCUGGGCCAGAACCAGCGUGGGUCGAGGAUAGCCAGCCUUCCGUCACGCGGAUGCUCUUGCAUAAAAUGCGUGCAGAGCAGCUUGCACGUCGUCUUUUGGGGGGGCCCACGGCCGGGGACUGGCCGGCGCCCCGUAUAGGGCCAUUGAUCGCACUACUCCCGUAUAGAGACGGCGCGUCACCUGGUUGGGCAGACGUCUGCCCUCGACGUUGGGCAGAAGCCGGCUUAACGCGCCGGCCACCCCCAACAAACGAGGGACCAGGUUCUGAAAGUGAGCACGGAAGGUCCAACGACUGUCCAGAAUGGGGCUGAGGUACUUCAACUGUACCCCGACCCUGAUACGGACACCUCCAACCACGAUAUGGGAAUCGACAGGUGGCACUCUCCGGGGCCUGGGGAACUACAUGGCCUCGGAUUUACUGAGCCCCACGUCGAGGCCCAAUCCCCUGAUUUUGCCGAUGACAUGCGCCACCCCAGCGGUAGCAAGACGGGCAAACUCAGCAAAACUCCCCCCCCCCCCCCCCGGGCCACGACCAACGUAUCGUCUGCGUAACAGAUUACGCUCAGGCCCGGGAGGAGGGCACCCCUCAGCACCCAGUCAUACCCGAUAUUCCACAAAACGGGGCCGAGCACCGACCCCUGUGGAACACCGCGCACGACUGGGAAAUGUAUAGAAAAUAAAUGGUAUAUAUUUUAGACAGCUGGGAUAGUGAUCACUCUGUGAAUUGUUCCUCAGGAAACAUUGCUCUUUCCUUCACUUCCUUUUCUUCAAUUCUGAGGGCCAUUACUAUCUUAAAUAGGUUAAUUCAACAACAUUAUGGCUGUUUUUGUUGAGGAUAAAUGACAAAUUUAAUAAAACAAUUGCAUUUGAGCAGGUAAUUUAAUACAGCUAUAAAUGUGUAUUGUACAUUGAUUUUUAUUUUACCAUAUGUUAAACUGAAGAGGUUCACAUAAAAUAUCUUUGGUUUAUAGGUAUUGUAUUAUAAAAUUACACAUUUACGAUUAAUUAAGAUUAAACCAAGCCUGGCUUUAGAUUAAAAUUAAAAGUACGUAAGGUACUCUAUAAUUUGAGCUUCAAAAAUACAUUAAAAAUUUUAAAAUCCAAGUAGGUAUAUUAUAAUUUGACUUUGCUACAAUACGACAUCAAGCAUCGAUCACGAUCGAAGACAACAAGCAUACAAAUUCUUUUAAAUUGAUACUUUAUAAAUACCAUAACUUUGAAGUAUCAGGUGAAAUAAUGUAAGAUGAUAAUCUACUUUAGAAUUAAAUUCAAUUUAAUACUUUUUUUUUUAUUACAAUUUUAUAGAAAAUUAUUUUAAGUGACUUAAGGACGGAAACAUUUUCUUUUUAUUUUGUUUUCGACCAGUGAUUGUUUGAAUAAAAAAUUAUAUAAUCUAAUUUAAA